GCGCCUCAUGACCAGCUGCCACCUGUCCAUCGACCUGGUCAUCGGCGACGUGGCCAUCACCCAGGGCAAGAGCUACUGGGCCUGCUGCGUGGACCCCAGCUCCUACCUGGUCAAGGUGGGCGUGGGGCUGGAGAGCAAGCUGCAGGAGUGGUUCCAGGUGCCGCAGGACGUGGUGAGCCCCAGGUAUGACCCCGACAGUGGCCACGACAGCGGGGCAGAGGACACAACGGUGGAGGCGCCUCCUCCCUACGCCUUCCUCACCAUCGGCAUGGGCAAGAUCCUGCUGUCCCACGGCUCGGCCCUCACGUCCCGCGACCCCAACGGCUGCACCGUGCCCCUGCCCCCGCGCAUUGGCAUCUGCCUGGACUACGAGCAGGGCAAGGUGAGCUUCUACGACGCCGUGUCCUUCCGCGAGCUCUGGGAGUGCGGCGUGGACUGCUCGGGGCCCGUCUGCCCCGCCUUCUGCUUCAUCGGAGGGGGGGCCCUGCACCUGCAGGAGCUGGUGGCCAACAAGCAGGAGAGGAAAGUGACCAUUGGGAACUUUGCCAAGCUGGACUGAGCCAUGCCCGCGGUCCCCACACUCCCCCCGGGCACCCUGUGAGCACCAGGGGGACACAAGUGGCCAGGGAGCAGAGCAGAGCAGAACA